UACUUAGAAAUAGCCCAACAGUAUUAUCCGCAAAACUCCACAGAUUUGAAGCCGCUUCCGAUCCCGGCAAAUUCAAUCUGCACACGAAAGGGGGAGAAUAUUAGGGCUGAUUCAGCUCGUGCAAACCAACCAAAUUCAGGAUGCCGGUGGAAGUUGCGAACGGCGUCGCAGAAUCUCUUUCGGUCCCCAGCGGCGAUCUCAAAUCGCAAAACCCUAAGGCCGCCGCGAAGAAGUCACGGGAAACCGAGAAGCGCAGGAGGAGGCGGAAGCAGAAGAAGAACAAGCAGAGCAACGCCAACGGAAAUGACAGCGACACUGCGGCGGAGGACGCCGACGGCGGAUCGCAUGACAGUUCUAAGGAGAACUCUGACCCUGCCAAGGCUUUGGAACUAGUAGAGGUUGAAUAUGUACCAGAAAAAGCAGAAUUAGAUGGCGUUGAUGAGGAAUUCAGGAAGGUUUUUGAGAAAUUUAAUUUCAUGGACAACACGGUUGCUGAGGAAAAUGAUAAAAAGGAUGAGACUGCCCCUGAUCCAGCAUUAAAGAAGAAGGCGGACUCAGAUUCUGAAGAAGAGGAACAAGAUACUCAGCAAAAAGAAAAGGGAAUCUCUAAUAAAAAGAAAAAGCUUCAACGUCGGAUGAAGAUUGCUGAACUGAAGCAGAUUUGUACAAGACCUGAUGUUGUUGAGGUAUGGGAUGCAACUUCUUCAGAUCCAAAGCUGUUGGUAUAUCUCAAGUCAUACCGAAACACUGUUGCAGUACCACGACACUGGUGCCAGAAAAGGAAGUUUUUACAGGGAAAGAGAGGUAUCGAAAAACAGCCUUUUCAACUUCCUGAUUUCAUUGCUGCUACAGGAAUAGAGAAAAUUAGACAAGCUUACAUUGAAAAAGAGGAUAGUAAAAAGUUGAAACAAAAGCAACGCGAGAGAAUGCAGCCUAAAAUGGGAAAGAUGGACAUUGAUUAUCAGGUUCUUCAUGAUGCAUUCUUCAAGCAUCAGACUAAGCCGAAAUUAACAUAUCAUGGCGAUUUGUAUUAUGAGGGGAAGGAAUUUGAGGUGAAACUACGAGAAAUGAAACCAGGGACAUUGUCACAUGAGUUAAAAGAGGCUCUAGGCAUGCCUGAUGGUGCCCCUCCACCAUGGCUCAUCAAUAUGCAGAGAUACGGUCCUCCACCUUCUUAUCCUCAUCUAAAAAUCCCCGGGCUUAAUGCACCUAUUCCCGCUCGAGCUAAAUUUGGCUAUGGACAUGGGGAAUGGGGCAAACCUCCCGUUGAUGAAUAUGGACGUCCCCUCUAUGGAGAUGUAUUUGGCUUUGUACAGCAAGAUGAACCCAAUUAUGAGGAAGAACCAGUUGAUAAGAGUAAGCACUGGGGUGACUUGGAGGAGGAGGAGGAGGAAGAAGAGGAGGAGGAAGAGGAGGAGGAAGAGGAGGAACAGAUGGCAGAAGAGGAACUUGAAGAUGGCAUACAGUCCGUCGACAGCCUUUCAAGCACUCCUACUGGUGUUGAAACCCCUGAUGUUAUUGAUCUUCGGAAGCAGCAGAGGAAGGAACCUGAUAGGCCUCUCUACCAAGUGCUUGAAGAAAAAGAAGAGAAGAUAGCACCAGGAACCCUGCUUGCACCAGGCCACACGUAUGUCAUUAACACUGGAACACAAGACAAAUCUGGUGGUGCAAAGAGGGUUGAUUUGCUAAAAGGUCAGAAGUCAGAUAAGGUGGAUGUCACAUUGGCACCGGAGGAGUUGGAUGCGAUGGAGAAUGUUUUGCAAGCCAAGUACGAGGAAGCCAGAGAAGAAGAGAAGUUGCGCACCCAGAAGGAGGAUUUCAGUGACAUGGUUGCUGAGAAUGCGAACAAAAGAAAACGGAAGAUGCAGGAGAAGGAGAAACAGUCGAAAAAGAAGGAUUUCAAGUUUUAACUGCUGCAACUUGGCUGGAGAUUCGAUGGAUGGGUUUGAAUGUAGUUGUUGGGGGUAUUUGUAUUGCUUAUACCAUGCUAUGGGUUAUCGUCUUCUGCAACCAUUGUCGUUACCCGACUAAGGGUCGUCACAUGUUUGGCUCUGUUCCUACUAGUGGUAAUUUUGCUGCAAUCUGUUGACUCUGUUACAAUAUGAAUAUGCCCUUUAUCUCUCUGUUAAGCUUCCUGGUUCUUCAAGGAACAGUUGAAAAAUGCUUUUAAGAGGCAUGUAUGCAAUAGUGUUUAAUGUGACAAAGGCUUAUAAUCAAAGUAUUUGCAUAUUGAGUUUCUUAA